UCAUUAUAACAGAAUUUCAGGGCACAGGACUGUUUACCAGAACGGUGUAGCAUACAUGAGGGGUGGGGUUCAGUUACACUAAAAUCCCUAAUACGGGCAGAUAGAGGGAGAGAGAGAGGGAGGGAGAGAGAAGUGGAGGGAGAGCACCAGAAGAGGAAUACAACAAGGGAUGAAAGGAGACACCCCAGUGAACAGCACCAUGAGUGUCGGCCAAGCCAGGAAGCUGGUGGAGCAAUUGAAGAUUGAAGCCAGUUUUUGCAGGAUCAAGGUAUCAAAGGCGGCUGCAGACCUGAUGGCAUACUGUGAUAACCACGCGAUUGAGGACCCCCUCAUCACCCCUGUGCCCACCUCAGAGAACCCAUUCAGGGAGAAGAAGCUCUUCUGUGCACUCCUUUGAGACAAGCCACAGGAUGUUGUGAAAUACAAUGUCCAGACAAAAAUGCAAACAAUACGUAACCAUUAACAUAAGGAGUCAUGAUAGCCUUUCAAAACAAAUACACAUCUAAAACACACCAAGAAAGCUGACAAUCUUGAACCUGAAGAAAAAAAACAUGCAAGUGGAUAUACUGUAAAUACAUUAUGCAACAUGAAAUAGCUAAUUUCUCAAAUCAACUCAAUAGGCAAGAUGGAUGAUGGAGGGGUGACAACACAAAUUGGAAUUAUUUGUAACUUUUAAUACACACUUCAUGGUAAAUAUCCAUUGCCUGCCCUAAUCAGCCUUUGUUAAAUCAUUUGUGUGCGACAGACAGUCCUGGAUGUCACUUUUUUAAUCUUUGUUGCAGAAAUGUAGGUGCCACUGGAUCCGUAAUGGAAUCUUCAUUUAACUAGGCAAGUCAGUUAAGAACAAAUUCUUAUUUACAAUGACGGCCUAGGAACAGUGGGUUAACUGCCUUGUUCAGGGGCAGAACGACGGAUUUUUACCUUGGGGAUUUGAUCUAGCAACUGAAAGGCUAGGCUACCUGCCGCCCAGUAAGAGGGUAUUAAGAGGACAAGGCAAUACACACUGACCCAAAUAAUUCCACUGGUGUGUACAAGUGGUAAGCUGCCUUAACACAGGAUCAGUGAUCUAAAAAGAGAGGUUCCCAAUAAAUGAUCAAUGAUGUUAAUUUAUUUAAACUAGGCAAGUCAGUUAAGAACAAAUUAUUAUUUUCAAUGGCGGCCUACAACGGCCAAACCCAGACGACGCUGGGCGAAUUGUGUGCCGCCCUAUGGGACUCCCAAUCACAGCCAGUUGUGAUACAGCCUAGAUAAAUGAUAAAAGCGGUUUAAAUUUGUCAAGUGGGAGCCUAAUAAUAAAUAAGUUAUGCCUUUAUGACAAUAGCAUUAACUAAGAGGUACAUUUCAAGACCAGUCUUUAA